UACCCUCGAAGCAAAGCAGGUGAAACGAGAAGCGGAGAUCGGGACUUCGUCCCUCCGUCGGCGCUCGUCGAGAUUUUAACGCCUGCGGUAAAGAUCCGUUCACCGCCCUCAACCUACGGUACAGUUACCCCUCUCUGGAAUCUUCCGUGGACGCCAACCUUGCUGCUCUUUAAAGAAAGAACCCCCAAAACCCCCAAAACGGGGGCCGGCCAGGGACGAAAGCAGAGGAAGCCUAUCCGAAGCUCGUCGCCAGAAGGCCGAUGGAUUGGUAGGGGCAGGGUAAAGGUCGAUCCUUGGGCGUGGAUAGAUGCGCGUCGUGCGGGUUUCGUGGCCAGGUGAGGGAUCUUUGGUGUCGGUGCCGACCCUGCGAUGGAAUUCGUGGGUCCCUUGCUUGAUCUGAGUUGUUUCGGCGUGAUAUAGAAGUAAACGCAAAAUUUGGAUUUUUAUUGUUGCUAGCAGCAAUCGACUUUUUUCCCCCCGGUAUGAUAUUUUAGUUAGUGCUGCACUAGGACCAUUGGCUAAAGAGUUGAAUGAUGGAUUACAAUGGAGAUGAAGACCAGAGCCAGGACUAUCUUUUUAAAAUUGUUAUGAUUGGUGAUUCUGCUGUUGGAAAAUCGAAUUUGCUAGCGAGGUUUGCUCGAAAUGAAUUUUACCCAAACUCCAAGUCCACUAUCGGGGUUGAAUUCCAAACCCAAAAGAUGAACAUCGAUGGGAAGGAAAUCAAAGCUCAGAUAUGGGACACCGCAGGCCAGGAGCGCUUCAAAGCUGUGACAUCUGCAUAUUACCGAGGAGCUGUGGGAGCCUUGGUGGUUUACGACAUCAGCAGGCGACAGACUUUUGAUAGCGUUGGUCGAUGGCUCAAUGAACUGCACACAUACUCCGACAUGAACGUGGUGACCAUUCUGGUUGGCAACAAGACUGAUCUCAAGGAUGUGAGGGAGGUUACCACCGCAGAGGGCAAGGCCUUAGCUGAGGCCCAAGGCCUCUUCUUCAUCGAAACCUCUGCAUUGGACUCCUCCAACGUCGCAGCAGCCUUUCAAACUGUAGUUAAAGAGAUUUAUCACAUACUAAGUAGGAAGGUGUUCCUGUCUCAAGAGCAGAAGAAGCACGAGAUGUCAUCGUUGAGCAAUGGGAAGACAGUCAUCUUACAAGGGGAUUCAAAUGGUGUGAGCGAUGGAGCUAGGGGAUACUGGUGCUGUUCAUCCUGAAACGAGCUACGAGAAAUCGUUUUCAUCAUCAGUUUGCAGAUCUUUUGUUUUAGAUUCACUUGAUUUUGUUUUCCUUGUGCAGUUGCUUUGUGAUUGAUGGUAUAAUUGUCAAAUGUUAGCUGCUCAUUUACUCUUUGCUUGCUGGUA